AUGGACACAAAUAGUAGCUUCAGUCACACCAACGGAUCCUCACAGCUGCACCCAGACAGACAGCUGUUCUCGUCAGAGGAGGACAGCAGCCUGUACUUCACAUACAGCGGUGACUGCAACCAGCUGGAAGUCAAUAACCUGCACUAUGAGGUGGACACAGCGGCACAGAUUCCCUGGUACGAGAGGCUGUCAGAGUUCAAGCUGCCGUGGGAGAUUAAAGGCAACAAGCAGACAGCCAUCGACAAACUGAGCCUGCGCGUCUGCAGUGGGCAGAUGCUGGCCAUCAUUGGAAGCUCUGGAUGUGGUAAAACAUCGCUGCUGGACAUCAUCACGUGUCGCGACGAGGGCGGCGGCGUGACGUCUGGCCAGAUUCUGAUCAACGGUCGCCCCAACACGGCUCACCUGGUGAAGAAGAGCAUUGCGCACGUGCGCCAGGACGACCGCCUUCUUCCUCACCUCACCGUGCGCGAGACCCUCGCCUUCGUGGCCAAACUCAGGCUGCCCACGCACUUCACGCAGGCCCAGCGGGACCAGAGGGUGGACGACGUCAUCGCAGAGCUGCGACUAAGACAGUGCGCACACACCAGGGUGGGAAACGACUACGUGAGGGGGGUUUCUGGAGGAGAGCGGAGGCGGGUCAGCAUCGCGGUCCAACUCCUCUGGAACCCAGGUAUUUUGAUCCUGGACGAGCCCACUUCGGGUCUGGAUAGCUUCACGGCCCACAAUCUUGUCAUCACGCUGUCCCGCUUGGCCCGGGGGAAUCGUCUGGUUCUCCUGUCUGUCCACCAGCCUCGCUCCGACAUCUUCCAGCUUUUCGACCUGGUAGUCUUGCUCUCAUCGGGCUCGGCCGUGUACUGCGGUGCCGCCCGAGACAUGGUGCCGUACUUCAUGGCGCUGGGACACCCGUGCCCGCGGUACUGCAACCCCUCCGACUUCUAUGUGGACCUGAUCAGUAUAGACCGUCGUAGUCCAGAGCAAGAGGCCCAGUGUAGGGAACGAUCCCAGGUGUUGGCGGAGCAGUUUUCGGAAAAGGUCCGUGACACCGAUGACCACAUGUGGAAAAGCAGCACGGCCCUGACGCACACUGACAGCAGCUGCCUGCAGCCCGACAAGGGUGAAGGAGACAAAGUCGUCGUCAUCUCCAAGGAGAGAGACAGACUACCGGGCCGACUCCAGCAGUUUGCCAUCCUCAUCAGGCGCCACAUGUACAACGACUACCGAGACCUGGUCACCCUGUUGGUCCACGGCUUGGAGGCCCUGCUCAUGUCCCUGCUGGUGGGCUGCCUGUACUACGGUGCCGGAGACCAGCCUCUGUCCAUUCAGGACACCGUGGCCCUGCUCUACAUGAUAGGAGCGCUCACUCCCUUCGCUGUGGUGCUGGACGUCAUAGCCAAAUGUCACACAGAGAGAGCCAUGCUCUACCAUGAGCUGGAAGACGGCAUGUACUCGGUCACCUCCUACUUCUUCGCUAAGGUGCUGGGGGAGUUACCUGAGCACUGUGUGUUCACCCUGGUCUACGCUCUGCCAAUCUACUGGCUGGCGGGCUUGAACGAAGCUCCGGAUCGCUUCCUGCUCAACUUCCUGCUGGUGUGGCUGAUGGUGUACUGCAGCCGCGCCAUGGCGCUCUUCGUGGCUGCCGCGCUGCCCACCUUGCAGACCUCCGCCUUCAUGGGCAACUCACUCUUCACAGUCUUCUACCUGACCGGAGGCUUCGUCAUCAGUGUUGAGAACAUGUGGCUGGUGGCGUCGUGGCUCUCUCACACCUCCUUCAUGCGUUGGGGCUUUGAGGGACUUCUUCUGGUGCAGUUCAGAGGGAACAAAUACCCCCUCACCAUCGGCAACUUCACACUGCAAGUGGAUGGAAUAUAUGUGGUGGAGGCCAUGAGCAUGAACCAGUAUCCUCUGUACUCGUGCUACCUGGUGCUGCUGGCCGUGUGCUUGGUCUUCAUGGCGCUCUACUACGUCUGCCUGAAAUUUAUCAAACAGAAGUCCAGUCAGGACUGGUGA